AUGGUAACGGUGAAACUGGACGUGACAAGCUCGCGCGUCAAGGGUCUGGCGUUACACCCACAGCUCCCGCUCCUGCUAGCCUCGCUACACUCUGGAGAAAUACAGCUCUGGGAUUAUGACAAGUCGCUGCUCCUCGAGACUCUCGAGGGACACGUGGGCCCAGUGCGCGGCAUCGACUUCCAUAGCCGGGAAUCACUCUUCGUCAGCGGAGGAGACGACUGUCAAGUCGUCGUAUGGGAUUUCAAGCUCAAACGUAGGCUAUUCGCCCUCUCCGGCCACUCGGACUACGUGCGUACCGUCAGCUUCCACCAGCGGCACCCCUGGAUAGUCUCGUCUUCGGAUGACCAAACGUUCAGGGUGUGGAACUGGCAAAGCAGAACCUCUAUCUACGUUAUAACCGGGCAUUGUCACUACGUCAUGUGCGCCAGGUUUCAUCCCACUAAGGAUCUGCUGCUAACUACAUCGCUUGACCACACGGCGCGAGUGUGGGCAACUCCAAGCGAUAUGGACGUGGACCCACGCAAGGGUGAAGUCCAUAGCAGGCAUGAUCCGGGCGCAACCUCAGCCCUGGCUGACGGCCUUGGGGGGUUAGUCUCACCCUUCACGCUCAAGUUUUUACUGGAAGGUCACGAAAAGGGUGUAAACUGCGGUGUGUUCCAUCAGACGCAGCAGCUGAUAGUCACCUGUUCUGACGACAAGACGAUUCGAAUCUGGAGGUAUAGCGAAAACAGUGCAUGGCAGUCUAAUAUACUGCGUUCCCAUGUAGAUAACGUGAGCUGCGUCAUGUACCACCCGGGGGACCACUCGGUAUUGGUGUCAAAUUCGGAGGAUUGUAGCGUGAAGAUUUGGAGUACGGAAAGUUGGGACUGUCUUUAUACUUUUAAGCGCAAGGGGGAUCGCUUUUGGACUCUGGGCUCUGCGGAGCGCAUGGGUUCCAGGUACAUUGCAGCUGGGCACGACAGUGGGUACAUUUUACUAAAGCUGAUGUCUGAGCGCCCCUUGAUCGCCAGGGGCAAAGAAGGGGGGGUGUAUUUGCUGCGCCGCGACGUUGAUGAGCCAUGCGGCGGCGUUGGCCGCCUUUUCCAGAGCGACCCCUGCUUUGGGCUGUACCUCUACCGGCCGGACGCCGGCGCCCGCCUUGGCCUGCAGCCCAGUUUUGGCAUGCAACUAAAGGUGCCUGGAAAAUUUUCUAGGGAGAAGUUGUACAUGGAUAUUAGCGUGCGCCCGUUUCAAUUGCUCUUACUGUCCCGUAACUCCAGGACUCUGGUGAUAUUUUACAAGCUGCCUGAGCUCGAGUCCGCCAAGUUUAGGCUACAGGGAGCCCAUUUAAUCGAGUCAGGCGCCAUAGGGGACUGUUGUAUGCAGUUUUACGAGCUUCCUCCACCCCUAAACGACCCUACCAGCUGCUGCUUCAUGGGCAAGGGCCGGGUGGCGGUGGGCACGGCCCACCACCUGGUGAUAUUGAAUUGCAGAUUUGAAAAGGUUGCGGCGUUUGAGCUGCCCACUGAGCGCGUAUACCCUGCCCCAGGGGGCGCUGUAUUUGCGGUAUCCCAGUCGUCUCUUUAUUAUGUCAAGGAGGCUCCGAUAUUUGUGACUGCGCUGACGGGCAAGCCCAUAGCGGUCGUCCCCUCCGGCGGCAACGAGUUCCAACUGAUAGUCUGUCGCAACAGUUUGGCCGUGCUGGACAGGCAGCUUCGGGUGAUUGCCCUCGUGUAUGACAGGCAGGUGAAGUCUGCGAUUUGGGACGGUCCCAACGCGGUUGUUUACACCACCUCCACUCACCUUAAGUUUUUUAUGUUUGGCGCCCAGCCUUCCGAGGAACUUAUGCCUGGAGACGCCCUGCGGUGCGACCCUGGCAUCCUAAAGAGCCUGGACCAGGUGUGGUACUUGGCAUCGCUUCAGGGCGAUGAGUUGGUCUACUUCACCAGGGCCCAGCAGGCCGGCCGCUUCCUUCUAACCGUGCCCGAAUACCUGGCGAGGCGGCGUGUGGUUAGCGGAGAACUGGAUCGUUCCAUUACGCCAUCAGAGCUGUUAGAUGGAACAUGCAGUCCCUCCCUGGGCUUUAUCAGUUUCCUGCGCGACAGGGGUUAUCCCCAAUACGCGUUUGGAUUCUGCAGGGAUCCGGCGCUAAAGUUUUCACUUGCCAGGGCCCACUCUGGCCUUGAAGAGAUGGUUCAGGUGCUUGAUAGCUAUCCCGCGUCUGGAUUAUCGGGCAAGAGCCCAUCAUGGCUGGGCGCAGCCUGGCUGGAGGUGGCGCAGAUCGCCCUGAAGCAGUGUAACGUGCAGAUUGCGGAGAGGGGGUUCCAGCAUGCCCAUCAAAACUACGGUCUGGUCCACCUGUACAUGUUAACCGGUCAGUUCGAUAAGCUUGAAAAGUUGCGGGAACUGGGCGUGUUGUCGGGCUGUCCAUCUGCUACCGCAUCGAAGCUCUAUCUGUUCGACGGUACCUACCCGAUUGCGCCAAUCAGCGCCUCAGUCCCCUCCAACGGCCCACUGUGCAGGCCGUUCCGUCUCUGGGACGGAUGGUCUAGGCUCGUGGAUUGGGGGCGUCUUUCCAGCACUGGCCCGGUGCCAGUUGUGGCUCGGAUCCCGAUCCAAAAUCCAGUUCCAGCCCCGGUUCCUUCUCCGGGCAAGGCUGAUGGCGCGUGGUCGGACUACGACGAUUUCAUAGAGGAGAUUGAGACGUCGCGUUCUCAAGCCUCUGUCACCACGUCAUCGGCGCGCGAUUUCCCCAUCGUGCCCCUGCCAGCGGCAACCCCAACUGCCGCAGCGUUGGUGGCAUCUGGGCAAUUUGACCAAGCGUUAUCCAAGCUACGCGAGGGUCUGUCCCUUGCCAAUCCCCGCGCCCUUAUCCCAUCGCUCGUACAGCUCUACCAGUCGUCUACGUGUUUGGCGGAGGCCCUGCCCAAUACGUGUCCCGUCAAGUUGGACGUAUUCUCUGCGCAUAGCGCGCGUUUAGCAGCCCUAAACGUGCAACUUUUGGCGCAAGGGCACUCGCUAGUGACAGGAGGCGACUUUGCCGGGUCGCUCAAGGUAUAUCGUAGAAUAAUGCACAACGCCAUGCUUGGAUGGGACCCCGAUAGUAAUCCAGCUGCGAAUAUGACGCCUGAGUUCGUAAAGGCUAGGAGUUAUGCAUUUGCCAUGACGUUGGAGAUACGAAGGGGCGAGCUAUCCGAGAGCGACCCCAAUAGGAGCCUGCAGUUGGCAGCCUCUCUCGCUAACUUUGACCUGGAGAGCGAGCACCAGUUCCUUGUUUUGAGGCGUAUGAUGGGUAUAAUGUGGAAGGCGGGUAACUUUAGGACUACGGCACACAUUGCCAGACGGUUAAUUGACUCGCACACUCCUGUGGCUACUGCCGGCGAUAUGGACGCGGAGAUGGACAAAGUCAGACGUAUUCUUCAGGCCUCGCUCAAGAGGGGGGGCGAUACUUUUCCCGUCAAAUUGGAGCACGGGGUAAUUUGUAGUGUGACCUUCGAGGAGGUGGAAGACAGGCCAAUCGUAAAGUGUCCAUUUUGCAGUUCUAUAGCACUGGAUACCUUCGCUGGCACGCAAUGUGCCAUUUGCCAGCUUUGUCUGCUCGCCAAUUCCCACUGA